CGCUACCAAAUAGCUGAAACGUUAAGAAAAGGUCGAAAAAGAAACAAGCACAAAAAAAAAAAAACAAACUCGUGAGCCAUGGAUCACGUUAACAUGAAACACCAAGAAGCCACCACGGAAGCAACUGAAGAACACAAGCAACCCCUUUUGAGAGAUGAACCACCACCGGAGUUGCCUCGCAGGAAACCCAAGGCAAAACGUCCAGCGAGAAAGGCUAUGAAGAAGACAUUCAAAGCAAGUGAGUUACUCACAAAGCUUCUCCCCACGGUAUCUGUUCUAACCUUCCAAAUCGUGUCCCCGAUUCUCACAAACCAAGGGAAAUGUUUGAGUGCAAUAAGUACAUACAUGGCUCUCUUCCUCCUAGUCCUUUGCGGCCUUUCCUGCUUCCUCCAGUGCUUGACCGAUAGCUUUAGGGAUGCCAAGGGAAAGGUAAGGUAUGGACUGGCGACAUUCAAUGGGUUGUGGGUUAUGGACGGAUCCGUAAAACUUCCAUUAGAGGAAUCAAGACAAUAUAGGUUGAGGUUCCUAGAUUUCUUCCACGCUACGAUGAGUGUAAUGGUUUUUGUGGCCGUGGCGUUGUUCGACAAGAAUGUGCUGAGUUGUUUCUUUCGUGAGCCUACGGAGGAAGUAAAAGAGUUGCUUUCUACAUUGCCUUUGGGAAUUGGGUUGGUUAGCAGCUUGUUGUUCCUGGCUUUUCCAACCAAGCGCCAUGGAAUUGGCACCCCCGUCUCCCAAGAAUGAAUGAACUAAAAGUGGCUUUCCAUUCUUUUUUAAUGGCGGUUGGUUUGUGUUUUCUCCAACCUUUUGACAUAAAAUUGUCACCUUAUUUUGUAUACGAAAAUGUCAUUGAUCUAUUCUCUACUAGCAUCUAUUACCACGAUUAACAAAUUAUCAAGUUGAGACCGGUCAAAAUUAGAGCCUUUGGCCAGGAAUUACGUAUUAGAGCAUAAUACCCAACAGAAACUAUCGAUCAUGGUUAUGUAAGGUUUUAAUGGAAGAACGUACAACAUGGUAAUGGUAGUAUAAAACAAAUUGUUUUUG